UACGUUUUAUUGUUUGAGAAUUGAGUAAAGAGGAUUUCUAAUUUUAUAAAAUUACUUAAUGUAAUAUAAACACAAUUAUUAUGACUAUUACUGAUGAUAAUUACAAUGAAAUAUAAAAUUUCACCGGCGACAAGUGUCACUGUGCUCAAACACGCCGUGAUUCAUUAGACGGAGACGGUGACGACGACGGCAUUCAUGCUCUGUUUUGCAGUACGUGAGUGAGUGAAUUAAUAACAAAGUUUUCUACAGGAUACUAAAAAUAUAGCUGAUUACUCUUUCAAAAACUUCUGGGACCGUACAUAUUUUUUUAUAUAUCAGCUUUGUCAACUAUUAUUUUUCAUUUCAGUCAGCAUUGCCAAGCUAAGCAGAUAUGUGACACUCGGAUAGAGGUCUGACAUUAUUUAAAAGUGCUGAGUUUUUAUAAUAUUUUUUUUACACGAUGAUAAGUAUGGAGAAGAGACUGGUGGUGAUAGUGCUGCUAGGGCUGUCGCACGUGCCGGGUUUUACGCUGAGCUGGGAUGGAUGCGGUGGAAGACUUGAACGUGCUCUGGAUGCUAUGCAACGGGAGUCAACGCGAAGGAAUCGUCAUGAUGAUGAUGACAAUACUGUUGUUUAUCAACGAAAGCUUACGUCAGCUCCACUUGAGAUGACUGUCACACGUGUUUCGGUAAAGGUACCAAGUUCGGGAAAUAAUCGCGAUGGCACGUGGGCUAGAGUCGAUAAAUGUCAAUAUGAGCCGAGCAAUAAUUCACUGAAAAGUCGUGUAAUGUUCAAUGAUUUAUCAGUGUCAGGAUUAGUGUCACUAAUACCAAGCCAGCGACAUUCAUCACCACCAUCAUCAAGCAUGGGUGAAUCCUGUCGGAUGAGUUUACGAUUGAAACGAGCUGGUGUUGAAUUUUUUACGAGCCCAAUAGCCCGCGCACGUGGACAAAUGAGAAUUCGUACAGAGUCAAAUUUUUUGGAGCCGAGGUUCGCCUCAAUUUAUGCCUACGGCUGUCAUCCAACCAACCGCGUGGACAGACAGAUAAAACGACAUGACAAGCCCGCGGCAUUGACAACUUCCAGUCAUCAUCAUAAUCUUCUUCAUCAUGAUCAUAAUAAUCAUCAUCAUCAUCAUGAUUAUGAUGACGUUGCUGAACCACGUCGUGAAGAUAUCGUUGACCACUUGACGAAAGAAGAAGACGUUGUUAUUGCCAACGAAAGUUCCGCUUCGCGACUUGGCUACUCGCGGUUUGAUUUCGCGCCAACUAAAAAAACAUUUUGGAUUACAAAGUCCCCGGAUGAUAAACGUAAAAGGCGGUCUAAUAUUUCAGCGGAUCCACUGGAUGACAACUUUGAUAACUCCCACGAAAGUAAAUUCCAUAAUUUUUUUAUGAACGAUUAUCCUUAUGGAGUCGAUUGGCAGUCCAAGGAGAAUGUCGCCCGGGAAAUGGAAGACGUUUUUCUGCGAGGAGCCAGCGAAGCUCUGACUAAAUACAUCGAGCAUGAGCUUCAUCCUGCUAUCAAAGAAACUCUCAUGAUUUCUAUGGGUUACACUGUUAGUUGGGGAUAAUUAUCUAAU